UGCGCUGUCGGAGGAGAGAGUAUGGGUGUGUGUGUUCUACUGAGUGUGUUGCUGUGUGCGCUUCUCACGGCGUCUCCAGUCAGAGGGGACGGCACCUGCACAGCCCCUUCCAGCCCUGUGUGCUACAAGGCCAUCAGGAGAGCAGACGAGGAUUUCACAUGUGAAUGGACGUCAGCUGGGGACAUGGGAGGCUUCUCACAUACUCUCCACCUGUGGAAUGGAACAGAGGGAGUUUAUUAUGAGCGGACAUUUGUUUGUGGAAAACAGUCCUGCACACUGCCAUAUGAGUACGUGUUUACACACAUCCCCCUGCUAAUAUGGGUGUCUGCUCAUAGAGACCACAUCAGCUGCUCCUCAGCCCACACCUCCAUACAACUGGACCAGUCAGUUAAAUACCCUGCGCCUGAGAUAAAAAUAUCAAGAUCUAUAGAGUUGCGCCUAGAGAUGAAGAAGGCUGCAGACAACAAGGAUGCGGACUAUGAGAUCAGAUAUAAGGAGAUCAGGGGGAACAGCACCAGCCCAUGGGCAUACGAGAAAACGACUGAAGGCAAACCAGACGUCUUUCAGAUGUCCGUACGGCCGGACGCCGCGUAUGAGCUGCACGUGCGCCGCCGAGCGAGAGACGUGCGGCACGCGCUGUGGAGCGACGAGACCCCCCUCAUCGUCCCCGUCCCACUUACUGAGCCCCCAGCAGUGACAUGGAACACCACGCUGAACGAGGAGAAGAACGCUCGCACACUCACCCUAUCUUUGGAGCGCCCCCGCUAUGAGGUGAGUGUGGGCGGUCUGCACUAUCACGUGUCCUACUCCGUUUGGCCCUGUGGCCCUGAGGACACAGGGGUCACAGAGGUCACAGGGGUCACAGAGGUCACAGAGGUCAAGGUCAGCAUCACGCUGUCUGAGGCCCGGAUCCGCGUCUACGCCAGAAACAACGUGGGCUCGUCUCCCAGCUACAGCUUCACCGUGCCGGCUAUCCACCACAGAGGUGUGUACUGCCCCAAGGGCUUGGACCUGCGGGACAUGAAGAAGAAGCAUCGCAAGCAGCUCUGCUGGGAGUGGUACCGGCUGGACGACGGAGAGACCCGGCCCGACCCAGCGCAUGUGCACAGCGCCACUGGGAGAACCGAGUCCAGCAUCACUCAGAUUGCAGGGAUGGAGGACUUUGUGCGCUACUACUACUUUAUCCACAUGAGGAAGAAGAAGAAUCUGCACACCCUCUACAGCUGCCCUGUGUACAAGACAGAGUCAACUCCACAGGUGAGCCCCCUGAACCUGACGGUGCCGGUGGUGACGCCCACAUCUCUGCAGGUGUGCUGGCUGCCCAUCCCUGUAGCCCAGCAGCGGGGGUUCCUCACACACUACCACCUCUGCCUGUCAGGAGACUGUGAAAAUGUCUCUGAAUCUCAGACCUGCAACACAUUCCAAAAACUCAAGCCUGGUUCUGAGUACAGCAUCUCUGUUGCCGCGGCGACCCGUAUGGGUUCAGGCCCUGUUGUCACGAAGAAGAUCUGGACGAGUGAGGAUGCCACUGUAACGGGUUCCCAAAGGGAUGUGAUCAUCAUUGUCUCUCUGCUCGUCAUCACUCUGCUCCUUUGCCCUUUCCUCUUCAUCAUUUGUUAUUCACAGUUUCACACGGGAGCCUCACAGGAACGCUAUGCAUCUGCAGAUAAGAAACUGGGCAUGAGCGAGAGGAAGAUUUUAGGGAGGUUUCGACCAAGGUCAUGCUGACUUGUUUUGCUCUACUCUGUGCCUUUCUUUAAUAAAAGAGCCUCUUUGCGUCGGAGAGCUCAGAGACUGCUUUGGAGAGGGGAGACUUCUCCUCUCUGGUCACUCUCUCCUCUCGGCCGGGAGUCGUUGCUAA